GUCACUCCAUCCGACGCCGACCGGUGGCGGAGGCCGGCAGCCAGCCAACUGGAAGCGGUGGAUGGAACAGCAGGGACUUUUCUAGUUUCUAACCCCAACCCCACGACCAGUGAUUCUCAACAGCUCAGCUGCCAUGUUUCACCUUGUUAUUACUGAGGUGGCUUGGAGAGAUGUUUGUCCUCACAAACUGCUCUAGAAGAAUUCCUGAAACGUUAUAACAAAUUUUUCAUGUCUUGAAUGAUGUCUGCAUUGCUUCAACAUCAUAAGUAUCAAGCCAUGUAUAUCUUACAAAAUAUUUGACUUGAAAACUUGUGAAAAUCUAAUGUAAACACUCUCUUAAAGAAGUGAAACACAGCAUUAAAAAUGGCAGGCUUUCUAGACAAUUUCCGAUGGCCCGAAUGUGAGUGUAUUGAUUGGAGUGAAAGAAGAAAUACAGUUGCUUCUGUGGUAGCUGGCGUUCUGUUUUUUACAGGUUGGUGGAUAAUGAUAGAUGCAGCAGUAGUUUAUCAUAAGCCAGAAGAUAUGAAUCGUGCAUUCCAUACUUGUGGGGUCUUUUCCACAUUAGCUUUUUUCAUGAUAAAUGCUGUAUCAAAUGCUCAGGUGAGAGGUGACAGUUACAGUGAUGGAUGUUUAGGAAGAACAGGUGCUCGUAUUUGGCUCUUCAUUGGCUUCAUGUUGAUGUUUGGCUCACUUAUUGCUUCCAUGUGGAUCCUUUUUGGAGCAUAUGUUACCCGAAAUGUUAAUGUCUAUCCAGGAUUAGCAGUGUUUUUCCAAAAUGCAUUGAUAUUUUUUAGUACGCUGAUCUACAAAUUUGGAAGAACAGAAGAAUUGUGGGGCUAAUAAGUUUUUCUCCAUGCUGCUUUGAGUUCUGUACGUAGAUAUAACUUCCAUUUUGGCUGUUUUAAAUUUUGCCAAUCACAGAUCUUGCGUUAUGCAUUUUGUAUGUUUUCUUUUCCCAAAAAGAUUUAAAUAUUCUGUAUAAAAACUGCUGUAUUAGAAACCUUUUAAUAGAACAGAUUUGUGAAUAUGUACAUAUCUGUAUAUAUAAAAAUGUUAACUUUCAACCACAGUUGGCAGAUUUUUCUGCUCUGAUAAAUAGAGGAUGUGUUAAAAUGAACUAGAUCAACUAUCCAUCCUGCUUGCACCAGUGAGCUGCAGUAGCGUCUCUCACAUCAUAUUAGCUGAAGGGUAAAAUUUCUGAAAUAAGUGGAAUUCAAGAAUCUUACCUACAAGAUACAGCAAGUUACUUUAAGACAACCAUUUUCUGUAAUGCAUGAUAAACAAAAAGAUCCAGUUUCAUAUUCUUUUUAAAAGAUAGUACAGUUGAUAACAUCCUGAAAUCCCAACUACUGCUAACUCCCCAGGUACUGGGACUAUUCUAUACUAUUGCAAAAAGAAAAAAAAACCCUUAAGUCUGCUGAACAAUGGCAUGAAAUAUGUAUGAAAUCUUACUAACAAAAGAUUCCUUUAAAAUUUGCAACCCGUGUUUGCUGAGACAGCAUGUCUUAAUGGGGGUAGGCAUCAUUGUUUAGGUCUGAAGUCUAACAUGUUAAGUCUGCGCAGAAUCUAGAUGUGAAAUUUGGGAAGGGGGUGUUAGUCAUACAAACCUCAUCAAUACUACUUUUUCUCUUAGAGGCCUGCUUACCUAGACCCAUCUUCUGUGCAUGACAAUACUGUGAACAGGCUUCAAGCUCAGUGACAGAACAUCCCAAGGAGGAAAGAGGGCAUUUAGAUAAUCAUAGGAUUGCCUUUACCGUCGAUAUUGUAUCUAUUUAUGAAAUAUGCAAAGGAGAUCUCCUUGUAGAAAACAGAGGAUCGCCUGAUCUGGAUGUUGCUUUUUAUAUGUUGUAAAGAAGAAGGGUGGAUAAACUUUAAGAUAUGCUAAAUUUUAAACAAAAAGGGAGUAACUAUUUUUUAAAAAAAUCUCUUGCUGCAAGAUUAUCGUUUCCAAGAAUCUUAUUCAUACCAAUAACAGUGAUGCUAAUAUAUGUAUAUUAUACUGUCAUAAACCAGGGUUAGCUGUAUUUUGUGCCCACCCAAAAUUGAAUAUCUUGGCUUAAUUUGCAUAACUAAAUGACACAUGGUUCUCUAUUUGAAAUACUCUGACAAGAAAAAGUUACCGGGGAAUGCUGAAGAGUCAGGUGAGCCUGUGCACUCUCUAAGUUGAUAAUUGGAGCUUACUUGGAGCUUUCUGUCUCUUGUACAUCUUCUCCACAAUCAUGCCCACUUGAGGAACGGUUUUGUCUGCAAAGCCUUUAGUGGAUAACCUAUGAAGCAAAUACCUAAGCUGAGAGUUGUCCUUUUACCUCACUCUUGUUUUGUACCUAUUUUAUCCCUCAAACCAUCAUUUUAAUAUAUGAUACAAUACUUAGUUCAGUCUAAUUUUGUGGGUCAUCUGUAAAGUCAUUAAAACCUAAUAAAAAUGG